GCUUUGUUACGAAAAAUAUCACUGAGGGUUCCUCGAUCCUCAACACGUUCGAAGGAUACUUUUUGUAUUGCGUUUUGUCAUACGAAAUAUGCGCAGAAUACCUUUCUCAGGAGAACAUGUAAUUUUUACAAUGGGUUUUUGAAUGAGAUAGAUAUUUUUUCAAUCUCAAUUAAUGUUUUCAAGGCAAGAGUAGGGGAAUUAUUGUUUAAAUAGUAAUUUUGUAGUAAUUAGUGUGGCUCAUAUGAGAUAUACAUUCAUUCCCUUAAAAAUGGGUGGUCUAUGGCCGUAGUUUUGGUUGCUAAUGGUGCACUGUUUAUGUGAUGUUCGCCAUUUACAUGCAUUGCUUGCUAUCGAUAUUAUUAUGCUGUCAAUUUAUGGUACUAUAGGUCUGUUUGUUAACAGUAGCUUCAACAUUAUCUGUAUGUGACUGUUUGAUACCUGAAUAAAUAAAAUAAAAUAAAUAAAAUCAAAUCACAAAUCAUUUUUUUCUCCUUUAUUAACAAACAUAAUUUUUGCAUUAAGUUUUAUGACCCACCCUAAAAAGUUCGAAUUUUUGUUUUAUCAUAUAAUAUAAGGUUUACAUGUUUUAUACAUUGUUAACAUAUUUCAUUUAAUAUUUUUAUUACAUUACGUAGACUGGAACGCGUUCGUUCUUCUUAGGUUGUGACGUCACAAUGACGUCAUUAAGCAAGAUUGAAUUGAUAUUUUGACAUUUGACAUUUAAAAAUAAAUUUAGCCUUUGUUUAGAACUAUUUUUGGAAAUUAAGCAUUGAAAAUAAUAAUAUACUUGAUAUAAUGGAAUAACCAACCUAAGUUUAAUAAAGCCAUGUAGAUUUUCUGUUAAAAUAGUGCAUCUCGUUGAAAAAGGACACUCGGCAUCACAGAAGUCACAAAUAUUUUGAAAAUGAAGCCAGGUAAAAGUGUAGAUGUUAAGGAAGAGAUAGUUGAAGUACACACUUCUGCUCGGUCGCCAUCACCAAAUCAUAAAAAUCGGCAAAGAUCUAGAUCCGGCUCUCGAAAAGUAUCAAAUGGACAUUCCACUCAAGAAGAUAUUGUAGUUGCUCCAGCUACAGAAGAAAUUGUAACAGAAAGGGGCAAAGCCCCCGAGAGUUGGGUGAAUUCUGAACACGAGUCUCUAGACAUAGAAUUGCCUAUUCAUGACCAAAUAAAACAAGGUAUACUGGGCUUUGUUGAAAAGGAGUUUAAAAAAUCUGACAAAAAUCCUUCAUUUGUAUUUUAUUCGCAUGAUCCGAAUGGCUUAGAUGAAAAGUUCAUGAAGUCAUUGUCACGACCUACUAGUGGUCAUCGAGAAAAAAGGAGUCCGUCUUACAGAAAAAAGAAAAGACAUUCUUCAAAGCACAGGGAUAGAGAUUUACAUGAUUUCGAGAUACCUGGGUCUAGUCUUAGUGCUCUAGAAAAAGUCGAUGAUUAUUUGAAAGAAUAUAACAAGGAUGAGGUGGUAACCUUAAGCGGUGAAUUAGAAAUAGAAGCAAAUGAUCUGGAGAACAAUAAUGGUACCUCAAAGGACCUCCGGCAUAAAACAAGAAAGACAAAAAGGAAAGUCAAAGAUGAAAGGCAAGAUGGUAAUGCUAAUGGCAGGGAAGUGAGUCCAAAAGUAUUCAAAAGUGGCAAAACUAAAUCAACAACCAAACCAGGUAAUUGAUUGCAUAAAUUCAAUAAUUUACUGUGUUUAUAAUACAUAUACACAAUACAAUAUUUAUCAGAAAAAAAGAAAGAAUACAAUAAAUGUGUGCAUUUAUUAUGCAUCAUCCCCAUCCCUGGACAUCAAGUCUUAUAAUAAAUAAAUUAUUUAAUAAACUUUUUAUUUCUGCUUUAAGAAUUAUAAAGUUAAAAAUAUGGAUAAUUUUAAUAAAUAAAUAAUUUUGUAGCUCGACCAACUGAUUUGACAACAAUGUUGGAAAGUUUAGAAUCCAACAUGCCUUACCAUGAUCAGUAUAUUGACAACCCUUUCUCAUCACCAUCACCACUGACAUCACCUAAUGAUGAGAGACUUGGUCCAUUCGGUUCUCAAAGACCAGAGAAAAUAUACUUACAAGGCGGUGGAACUUUCAGAGCUGUGUCAAGAGAUAGGAUGUUAGUUUCACAGCAAACAGAAGACGGUGACAAAUAUUUGAGGUAACUAUCAUCUAGACUAAUAUUCAAUGUAAAAUUUUUAAAUUUAUUUGUUAAUAUGGUAUAAUAUUCAAAAAUACUGAUAAAAUCAUGAAAAUUGUUUCACUUAUGGGAUACUAUGUCUUAAGCAGGUGACAUAGGCUAUAAUUUACACUGGCAAAGUCACAGGAAAAAAGCUAGUCAAUUUUGAAUAUGUAUAGGUACGGGUAGGCAUAUAGGUUAUUAUUAUUAUUAUCUCCUAUUUGUCUUGCACAUUAAUAUAUAUACAUUGUUAUAUCUAUAUAUACAUAUAUAACUCAAAGGUGACUGACUGACAUAGUGGUCUAUCAACGUACAGCCCAAACCACUGAAUGGAUCAGGCUGAAAUUUGGCAUGCAGGUAGAUGUUAUGACGUAGGCAUCUGCUUAGAAAGGAUUUUGAUCAAUUCUACCCCCAAGGGGAUAAAAUAGGGGAUGAAAGUUUGUAUGAAACUUUGUCAAUUUUA